AUGUCUUCUAAUCCAAGUCAAAAAUCAUCGAAAUUAACAAAAUCCAGUUUUAAAGGAUUAUCUCGAUCAAAAAAGCAUAAAAAAGGUAGGAAAGAUAAAGAAAAAGUUGAAGAAGUUGAAGAACAAAAAGUAAAUCAACUUAAUAUUUUAGAUACUUCAUCUAAAACAUUAAACAUCAAUCAAGAUUCAUUAUAUAAUCAAUCAAUAGAAAAGAACUCUUCAUUGAAUGCGUUAAAUUCGAUGGAUUUACAACAGACUACUACUACUACUACUACUACUACUACUACUACCACUACUAACUGCGUAAACAAUGAGAUAGUAACUAGUUCUAUGACUGGAGUUACUAUUUCAUCGAAUACACAUGAAAAUAUUCUCAAUAAUACUAAUAAUAAUAAAUCAAAACAGAAAAUUAAGAAGAAAGAACAGAAACAAUUAAAGUGUACUACUACUACUAAUACUACUACUAAUACUACUGAUUCAAUGGACAUAGUUUCUCAAUCAAAUUUACAUCAUUCUAAUUCAAUUAAAAAUAAAAAGAAACGUGGCUUAAAAUUACACUCACAUAGUAAAUCAACAAAAAAAGAACAAACAAAAAGUGUGAAUAAAACUAUUUUUGGAAUGCCUUUAGAUAUAGCCUGUAACAGAAAUCCUAGUCAUGAUGGAAUUGUUCUGCCAGCGUUUUUUCGUCAUUGUAUCGAUUAUAUUGAACAGUAUGGUUUAAGUUCUGAAGGAAUAUAUCGUGUACCAGGUGUACAUUCACAAGUACAAGCGGUAAUUUCUGCAAUUGAUAAUGGUAUAGAAUUUCCAGAUAUUCCGCCGACAUCAGCUGCAUUUUAUUGUAAUCAAACUAACUAUACUAAACAACGUUCUAGUCAUUUUCAAAUUGGAUCCGAUUCUAGUUCUAAAGGGAAAAUACGACAUCUAAGCUCAUCUCAUUCUAAAUUAAAAGAGCAAAAUUCUCAAUUAUCAUCUCAUAAAACUUCAGAUUAUCGUGGCAGAAAUAUUCCUACACCGACUAAUUUUAUUACAGGAGCAUUUUGUGUAAAGAAUUCCAAUUCACCAGUGAAACAAACUUCAACUAUAUUAACUAAUAAUAAUAAUAAUAAUAAUAAUAAUAAUAAUAAUAAUAAUAAUAAUAGUACAAGUCCACAGACAACAGGAAUCACUAUACUACCACAUGAUCCAGCUGUUAUUACCAGUGUAAUAAAACAUUUUCUACGUAGUUUACCUGAACCAAUUUUAACUAAACGUUUAAGUAAUGUUAUUGAAUCAUUAACUACAGACAAUGUACAAUUCUAUCAUAAUUUAUCUGUUUUAAUACAUCAAGAAUUGCCAACAUCAAAUCGUUAUUUACUGGCAUGGAUUAUACAACAUAUGAUGCAUAUUAUUGAUAGAGCUGGUGAAAAUCGUAUGACAUUAGCUAAUAUUAUUAUUGUUUUAUCACCAUGUUUAGGCAUAAGUCAUCGUUUAUUGGGUAUAUUAUUAAAUCCUACACCACCUAAAGAUUUUACUUUGGAUCUAUGUAAAUUAGAUCCUGAAUUGCCUACAUUCAUGACAAAUAAUAUUGAUCCGAGUACUUGGCAUUGGUUAUUUCCUCAUCCAAUUUAUCUAUUAAAAGCUUAUAUACCUCCAUUGAAAUCAUUAUAUGGGUUAGAGUUGCCCGAUACUAAUGAAGAAUUAGAUAUGGAAUUAAAGAAACAAGAAUCAUUGCUCACUUAUUUAUGUGAACAAAUUCAACUGGAUGGUGAUGAAGGGAAUUCUGGUAAAGAAAAUAAUUUACGUAAUGUACAGCAUAUAAUGACAGAAUUAAAACGACGUAAAACUCUAACAGAUCCUGAAGCGAUUCGACAAGAAAUAAUUAAACAACAAGCAUACCUAGAUCAAUUACAUAAUUUAAUAAUACAGAGUAUAUCAAUACCAACUACUACUAUAGCUUCUGCUACUACUACUACUACUACUGUCCCUGUUGGCGGUGAUGGAUGCUCAGGUACAUCGAGUGGAUCCAAAGAUAAUUGUAAUCAACGUCGAAGAAUUACUGGAACUGACAAACACUCAAAAGGUCAUCGCCAACAUUCGACAACCUUUGAGAAGAUUCCUUAUUCUGAUGAACUAUGGGAAGUUCAACGUGAAAUAACAACUCUUAAACGCAAGUUAAAACAACAUGAAAGGUCGAAAGCAUUACAACAAAAUCAACAAUCAUCAUCAGAUAUGACAACAGCAACGUCCACAUCAUCAUCAUCAUUAGCAGGAACGAAUGAGUUAAAAUCAAAUUAUCCUUGUGUUAUGUUUAUGUCUGGUUCUCCAUUAGUUAUACCGUCCGUUUCAGAAUUAGAUCAAGAGGAAGUUCUUAAUUUAACGUUGAGAAAAUUACCAAUUGAACCAAUGACUUCAAUGACACAAUUAGUAUCUACAACGUGUAAUAGUUGUUCAGAACAAUCAAUCAAUAAUGUUAAUCAUCAUGAUAAGACAGAAUUUAUUGAACAAAUCUCAUCAUCAACAGUAACAUCAUUGGAAACAAUGACUACUACUACUACUACUACUACUACAAUUGAGACAGCAGUGAUCACAAGUGAUUGUAUACGUCAUGAAGAUAACCAUCAUAUUGAUAAUGAUGAUGAUGAAGGCGGUAGCGGUGCUAAUGAUAUCAGCCAAAAUACAUUAAAUGUAAAUAAUAUUGUACAAGAUGAAAAUAAUAACCACGAACAAGGACAUUUAAAAGAGAAUACAAUGAAUACAGACAAUGAGAAUAACAAUAAUCAUAUGAAUGAUAAAUUCAUGUACGAACAAGACGUUUUGACUGUAAAAUCUAGUCAAAUGCCUAAUAUGGAUAAUCAAGUCGUUGAACAAGAAACCAACUCUGUGGAUUGUUUACAUUCACCAUCAGACCAAACUCCUACAGAAAUUAAUAACAAAACUAUUCCUAAUGCAUACACUCAAAAUACAUUGAUCUCCACUAAUACUAAUGAUAAUAAUAUUGAUUAUAAUAAUAAUAAUACUAAUAAUAAUAAUAAUGUAUUAUAUCCUUAUGAAACAAUUUCGACUGUUAAUAACUCAUCUUAUUCUAUGAGUUAUUCACCUUCACUUCCACCACCAUCGGAUUUAGCGCCAAAAUUGUCAGAAUUCAUUCAAACUUCUACAGUCGAUAUAAAUGAUUCGAAAUCACGUCAAAUUAUGUAUUAUAAAGCACGUAAACAAGAAUUGAUCGCAAUACAAACGGAUUUACGUGCAAGAAUUCGUUCGGAAAAUGCAGAAAUUAGUCGAUUACAGUCAUGUAUAAAUCACCUUCUAGAAUCUGGAGGUAGACGAGCUAAACGAAUAUAUCGUACCUAUAUGACAGCAAAACAUUUUUGUCCAGCUUGGUUGUUAAAUCAAAAUCCUAUUAUUUCAACACCACAACAUACUUUAAAUAAUGAAGAUCAAAUGAAUUAUUAUGUAUCACAACCGUGGACUAAAAUAGCUGAAAGUUUAACAACUGUAAUCAAUGACCAUGUUCUAGAUGAUGAUGACGAUCAUACUACUGCUACUACUCAAUAUAGUAGCAUUAAUAAUCAAAAGGAAAAAUGUUUACUCGAUGAAUAUUCAAGUGAUUCCGAUCGUCACAACCGUCAUCUUCAUUCUGCUAAUGAUGAUAAUGACGAUGGUGAUUCGUUGGAAGAACCAAUUUUGACAAAUAGAGGUUCUUCACCUGAUUCAGUCGCUUAUUCACGACUAACUGAAGAAGAAAAUGAUAUAAAUUCUGUACAAAAUGUACAACUUACAAAACAUGAACAAAACAAUGAUGAUGACGAUGAUGAUGAUGAUGAUGAAGAAGAAGAGUAUGAUGAUGAUGAAGAUGAAUGUGAACUAGAGUUAGCUACAACAUUACAUCAACUUACAUUGGAUAAUGCUCGUUUAGAACAACUCAAUGCUCGUUCGUUAGAAGCUAUACAAGCUGAACGAAAUCGCUGCGCUGAUUUAAAAGUUCUACUCAAACUUCGUCAUAAUUCCUACACUAAACCAAUAGGCACUAUUUAAUCGUCAACAAUAGGUAAUAACGAUGGUGAUGAUGAUAAUAAUAACAAGGAGAAAUUCGAACAGUCUGUAUCCACAGUAUUGCGAUUCCAACCAAACAACCACCACCAUCAUCGAUCACUGUAUAAGUCAAAGUCAUUCUGUAUCGUUGUUGUUAUUCUAAUGUUACUAUCAAGGUAUCUGUGUAUUCCAUUUAUUCACAUCGUUCUCAUUUUGAUUUUCCUUUUCUUCUUCUUCUUCUUUUCUUUUCUUUUUUUUGUUUAAUCCUGCAUUUAAUUUCAAUUUAUUUUAUUUGAUGAAAUAGCUCAUAGUUUAUGCUUAUUAUGAAUAGAAUCUGUGAUUUACAAAACAUAAAAAGGGGGCAUAACUUUAAUUCUAUUCUUUAAUGUUAACCAAUUGUGGCAUUUACUGUAUGAAAUUUUGAUUAUUGUGUAUAUUUUAAACAAAGAAAAUGGAAUAGAAACGAGAUCAUUAUUGUUGGUGUUAUUAUUAUUAGAUCAAUCAUAAGUAAAUACAGUGCAAAAGGCAUCACUGUACAAUAUCAGUACAGAGAGACGAAAUUAUCAAGAUAAAUGCUGGAGUAGUAGU